CAAAUACGACAAGUAAGGGAAAGCUACCGCUUUCUUUCGCAACUUAAAGUUUCCCCCCGAAAAGUUUUGAAGCGAAUCCCGAAGGGCGGGAAGUGUGAGGCCGCGUGCGUGCUGCGUGUCGCGCAUCGAUCGGGACACCCCUCGCCCUUACCACUCCCGGGUCCGAUACAUUCAUUUGGACAAAAUAUCAUUCCAUCACUGCAUUUAGAUUCCAUAUUCCUUUUAUUUAUUUGCCGUAGUUUUCGUGAUUUAGUGCAUGUUAUAGCGGCUAGUUAUUAUAAUUUAUAUUUGUGAAAAUGGGUGGCUGUGCAACGAAAGAAAAUAAGGAAAACAAACCGGCCGACGAAGCCGACGGAAAAGCAGCAGCAAUGGUGGACGCCGCAACCCUUGAAAAAUUGGAGGCUGGCUUCAGCAAGCUCGCCGCCUCAGACUCAAAGUCGCUGCUGAAGAAAUACCUCACCAGGGAGGUAUUUGAUGCUCUCAAGAACAAGAAGACCUCCUUUGGUUCAACUCUCUUGGAUUGCAUCCAGUCAGGUGUUGAGAACUUAGACUCAGGUGUGGGAAUCUAUGCCCCUGAUGCUGAGGCAUAUGUAGUCUUUGCUGACUUGUUCGACCCCAUCAUUGAGGAUUACCACAAUGGUUUCAAGAAAACCGACAAACACCCACCUAAGAACUGGGGUGAUGUCGAGACCCUUGGAAACUUGGAUGCUGCUGGUGAAUUCAUUGUUUCCACCCGUGUCCGCUGUGGUCGCUCUAUGGAAGGCUACCCCUUCAACCCCUGCUUGACAGAGGCCCAGUACAAGGAGAUGGAAGAGAAAGUUGCAUCCACUCUCUCUGGACUGGAAGGUGAACUGAAAGGCACUUUCUACCCACUCACAGGCAUGUCCAAGGAGACACAGCAACAGUUGAUCGAUGACCACUUCCUGUUCAAGGAGGGAGACCGUUUCCUCCAGGCCGCCAAUGCUUGCCGAUUCUGGCCCACCGGCCGUGGUAUCUACCACAACGAGAACAAGACCUUCUUGGUUUGGUGCAAUGAGGAGGACCAUCUCCGCCUGAUCUCUAUGCAGAUGGGUGGUGACCUGAAGCAGGUGUACAAGAGGCUGGUGACAGCCGUGAAUGAUAUUGAGAAGAGGAUUCCGUUCUCGCACAAUGAACGUCUCGGUUUCCUGACCUUCUGCCCCACCAACUUGGGAACCACAGUGCGUGCGUCCGUGCACAUCAAGCUGCCGAAGCUGGCGGCCGACAAGGCGAAGCUGGAGGAGGUCGCGUCGAAGUACCACUUGCAGGUGCGCGGCACCCGCGGGGAGCACACCGAGGCCGAGGGCGGCGUCUACGACAUCUCGAACAAGAGGCGCAUGGGGCUCACCGAGUACGAAGCCGUCAAGGAAAUGUACGACGGCAUCGCGGAACUGAUCAAAAUCGAGAAGUCCCUCUAAGAUGUUUAACGAUCUCGCGCUAUCAGUAUUUUUUGUAUUAUUUAUCGUUUUCACAUAAGUAUUGGAUGUGAAGGGUCGGAGGGCGACACUAGUCAGCGGCGCCCUGAGCGGCGCCCGGGCACGCGGGCGGCCCAAUAUUACUGUUUCGUAAAGUAUUUUCUAUAAGGAAAUGGAAAAUAAAGACAGCUAGCGUUAAGACCAAAA